UCUUCCAACCCCAUGUUAAUGUCCCCUUCCCUUCCCCAAUUCCAUGUUCCCACUUCGCUGACUUAACACCGUCAAGUUGACACGCACACACAUAUAUACAGUAGCUUACUAUAGAUAUUUUUAGCUAACAUGAUUUCUGGUACUACAGGGAUCAUGGCCUUUGUUCCUCCUACACCCGAUAUUUCCCUCAAUUUUCAAGAUAAUCACCUUCCUAAUUCCACCUCCCCUAAACUCUUUUCCUCUCCUUGUCUUCCUCAUCAAGACUACAAUAAUGGUGUAUCAUCAAUACUGAUGAGGAGAUCCAUGUCGUUUUCGGGUGUGGAGAGGUGCGAUAAUCAUCAGGAUUUGCGUGUGGACGAUAAUGAAAUGUCUGAUGACGAUGGUUCUUCGCAAUUACUUGGGGAGAAGAAGAGGAGGCUUAAUAUGGAGCAAGUGAAGGCACUGGAGAGAAGCUUUGAAGUGGCUAACAAGCUCGAACCAGAGAGGAAAAUACAGUUGGCUAGAGCUUUAGGUUUGCAGCCCAGACAGGUAGCUAUAUGGUUCCAGAACAGAAGAGCAAGGUGGAAGACUAAGCAAUUGGAGAAAGAUUAUGAGAUCUUGAAGAGACAUUAUGACUCACUUAAGGCUGAUAAUGAUGCACUCAAGGCUCAAAACAAGAAUCUUCAUUCUGAGUUAUUAACUCUGAAGAACAGAGAAUCAGGCGGAGCUGGUGCACCAAUGAUUAAUCUAAACAAAGAAAACGAAGGAUCUUGGAGUAAUGGAAGUGAUGAAAACAACAGCAUAGACGUAAAUCUUGGAACCACCACAACAAGGACAUCAUCAGGUGACAGUCCAUUUUACUCCAAUAAUAAUAACAAGAAUGUUUUCCCAGAAUCCAGCCAAAUACCUACAACUAGUCUGGCCCAGUUCCUUCAAAGCUCAUCAAGACCAGAUCUCAGCCAGUGCCUCAAGAUUGAUCCAACGGUCCAAGAUGAAAGAUUCUGCAACAUGUUUACUCCUGUGGUGGAUGAUCAGACAAAUUUUUGGCCAUGGCCAGAGCAGCAACAGUUUAAUUAAUUAAUUUUCUUUACUAUUAUCAUUCAACACUCCCCCCUCCCCAACUCUUCUUUUUGUCCUUUUUGUUCUUAUUGCCAAUAGUUUGUAAUUCUUUUUGGGUGUAUAGCAAAUCAUGUAAGAAUUAUUACGAACCACUUGAUAGUGACGAUGUGAGAGUUAAUUAAUGAGAAAUGGAUUUUUUUUCCC